GUGCACAACCUGUCGCGUUACUUACUCUGUGCCUGUGCCGACUCGCGGCUACGUAGCCGCCGCGUGCGCACAGCCUUAAAAAUUUUAUUUAGCAAUUAAUUCAUACAUAAUUUAACCGAAUAGAUACAAUGAAAUCUAGCUAUAACCCUGUAAUCUCUUAUUUGUGAUUCUAUUAAACAUAAUUAGGUUUAAAACUGAGUUCUGUAACAAUGCCGUAUAUCAUGGUAAUGGGCAGUGUCAGUGCACCGCACUUAUUCAAGGACGAAGGAGCGACAGUAUACGGACUGAAAAAGGAUGAAAGAGCAGCCUUAGUUAGAGAACUAAAUUCAUCUUUCGGGAUGGCCAUUGCGACAGCGUCAGAUUUGGAAAGAACAGUUCGAGUAACGCAGAAAGGCAUAACGCUGGUACUUGUUAACCGGAUCCACGGUCUAUUGGGUUAUGACGUCGUUUCCCACGCAAUGGCUAUGACCAACGCCAAUCGGGAACUCAUCUCCUUCACAAUGUAUAAGAAGAGCAGCCCCAACACACAUUCCCACAGCCACUCUACGACUAGCAGUUCACAUUCUCAUAGUCAUUCGACAACAAGCAGCUCACAUAAACCUCAUUCGCAUAGUAAUGUCGUAACGUUAUAAGCUGUGGGUUAUGGAACGUAGUUUUAAAGAAUACAUUACCGAAUUAUUGUAGUGAGAUUUUGUAUUUAAAAAUAAAUAUAGAAGUAGAUGAGAUGACAUUCCACGUUAAUUUUAUAUAAGAAAAAAAUAUUAUUUUAAAGCAUAAAUCGUAGGUCUACCUGCUAUCAAUAUAGUCUAAUGUCUAUAUCAAACUUUUUUUAACACGCGAUCAUAAUGCAAAAGAUGAAGAAUUAUCAUAUUUUACUUAAAAAAGAUAAAUUAGGUUUUCAAUAAAGGUAUAGGGAAUUAGCGGCAAAACGGUAUAUAUUCCUAAACGUUAGACAGAACUUUUUUAAAAAAAAAAAAAAACGCAUUUGUCCACCACUUUCAAAGAUCUAGCAAUUGAGCAAGCGUUCUCCCAGCGGCAUUUGAAUUUGAUGAGGCACAAAUUUCAUUUUUGUACACACAAUUACCCCACGUUACAGACUGAAAGCUAGCAUAUUUCUUUCGGUUCGAUAGCAAAAACAAUAAAGAAACAUGACUAGACGACACACAAUAUUUGCCAAAAAAAUUCAAAACUGCAGCUGGAACGAAGCAGAUUGUAAGUUGUAGCAAUAUCAUUAUGUGUAAACAGUAUUACAUAUUUAAAUAAAAAUAU